UUCCCCUUCGUUAUUCUUCCUUGGUCGGAUGCAGGGGAUGACGACGACGGCGCCGCUGAGGAGGAAGAGAGGGUCUGUUUUGUGUGUGCUAGCCGUUGUUAAGGAUGAUGAGGAGCGCCUCUGCCUUUGCCCUCGGCGCCUUUUGAAUUGCGUCCCCAAUCGAGGAGGCGGCGCGGGGGGAGCGGGAUGGCAUCGCGUUCGCACCGGUGGUGGGGCCAGCUUGAACCGUAUCGGGGAAGGAGGAGGAGCCAUUCCGGCUGGGCCUUGGACGAACUCACGGGCGGCCCAGAUCGGCCCAUUACUCACGUUUCUCCAGUCUCCAGAGAGAGAGAGAGAGAGAGAGAGAGAGAGAGGACAGAGCGCCGCCGCCGCCGCCGAGUCGAUGAUGGGCAGCGGGAUGGGCGCGUACGGCGGCGUGGUGCGACCGGUGGAGAGCGCGGCUGGGGAGACGAUGCUGCUUUGGGGCCUAGGGCAGCCCGAGGCGCACCGAAACAACGCGCUGGUCCGCCAGGCGGCGCACGCCUUCGAGCUCGACGCCUGCGGGCGGCGCCUGUCCCUGCUGCAGUCGCCCUCCUCGAUGUCGACCCCGGGGGUCACGGGGGCGGUCGUCUGGGACAGCGGCGUCGUGCUCGCCAAGUUCCUCGAGCACGCCGUCGACUCCCAGCGGCUGCUCCUCCGCGGCACGCGCGCGGUGGACCUCGGGUCCGGGUGCGGCCUGGUGGGGUGCGCCGCCGCCCUGCUGGGCGCCCAUGUGGUCCUCACCGACCUCCCCGACCGGCUCAAGCUGCUCAGGAAGAACGUCGCCCUCAAUGUCGACGACCCCCACGUCCCGGGCUCCGCUCGGGUCACGGAGCUUGUGUGGGGCGACGAUCCUCACCAUGAAUUGCUCAAGGAGCCACUGCCUGAUUUCGUGCUCGGCUCUGAUGUCAUAUACAAUGAGGAAGCAGUGGGCGAUCUCCAGGCCACUCUCAACCAGCUCUCAGGAAAACACACCACGAUACUUCUAGCUGGAGAGCUUCGCAACGAUGCUGUGCUGGAGUGCUUCUUGGAGGCAGCAAUGGAGGACUUCCUAAUUGCUUGCAUUGAGCAGGACCAAUGGCACCCUGAAUUUCGCAGCAACCGUGUAGCCUUGUUUAUCUUGAUCAAGAAACCAGAGAAACCUAGCACAGACUAGCUAGUCCUCUGCUCCUAUCCUUGGUGUAGAACAAGGAUAGGAGGCAUCUGUGUUUAUCCUUUCCAAUUCCAAUGAUGUUGUUGUGAUAGCCAAGGUUUUAGCAUUGGCUUAAGCCAUGGAAGUUCGAUAGCUCAUUGCAUGGUUUGCUUGUAACCUAGUCUGAAAGUUUGUACAAGAGUGAAAAGAAAGGAUUGAUAACCGAGAUCUGAAACUGCAAAUGCCCUUUUUGAUGAUCUCAGUGGAGGCAACACCUAAAAGCCACAGUAGAGGAAUUUCUUUUAGCUA